AUGAACCCUUCUGACUUGGCUGCACCCCAGACAAGGGCAUCUUCUCCUUACCGAGACUACAAUCCUCGCAAGAGAGGAAGAACGGCAUGCACUCGAUGCAAGACCAGGAAGCAAAAGUGUGAUAACGAGUAUCCUGUCUGCUCCAACUGUCUCAGAGCCGGCGCUGAAUGCGACAAGGCAUCAACACCUGAUAGAUACACUCGUGCCCUAGAGGAGCGCAUUGCAUAUCUAGAGUCGCAGCUAGAGUCGGAGGCCGCUAAAAGCAGAACUGCUAGUAACCAUGCACAUCCGGUCGCAACGUUUUUGUCACCGCAUGCCCAAGAUACUGCUGGGCAAGGACAGGCAGGCAGUACCGGGAGUGCUGGUAGUGGGAUGGGAAACGGAAUUGACCACAAUGCGGUAGGAGAACUUGUAGGAUUUCUUGCCAUCAACUCCACUGAGGCGCCUGCGUAUAUUGGCUCGAGCUCGGGACUCUCCCUCGCAGCCAACCUGGGCGAAAUGGUCCAGGCCACUGUGUGGAACCAAGUGCUGUCUUCAUCGCGCAAUCAGCCUUCUCUCUCUGGUGAGGGUAGAGCGAAUUUAGAUCCCAGAGUAUCUGGACUCCCUCCACAGCCAACGCCGUCUGACAGGGCUCCUGGUCUGGAUCGCCCGCGUACGUUGCGCAUGGAAGAGUUGCUUGCGAAAAGCACAGAACCGCCAAACGAUGAGAUGGGUGGACGGAUUCUUCACGCAUACCUGACUAGGCUUCAUGUUCGGUAUCCGUUCCUUGACCGCAAGGAACUCUGGUGUCUGCAUGAGGACCGUUGGCGACUAGCUAAAGCGAAGCGGGAAGAGCUCACAAAAUCCGAACGAUUCGGCAUCUUCAAGCUAUAUCUGACGUAUGCGAUUGGAGCUACCACUAUGCAGUUGAGUGAAAAAUACGACUAUGUUCCACCAGAGCGAUUUUACAUCACAGCCCUUCAGCAAGUGCCAGCUAUGUGUGAGACUAGAUCAGUAGAGAACGUCGAGGCUAUGACGCUUCUAGUCGUAUACCACCUGCGCUCUGCAUCCAGUCAAGGUGUCUGGUACAUGAUCGGCCUGGCUAUGCGUACAGCAAUCGAUCUCGGGCUACACCGCAAAGCCAACGAACUAAACCUCGACCCAAUCACAGCACAAAUGCGGCGACGUCUGUUUUGGACAGUAUACUACCUAGAACGAGUUGUAUCAGUGUCUCUUGGACGGCCAUUCAGUAUUGCAGACAGGCAUAUCGACCUCCCUCUCCCGGUCGACGUCGAUGACGACGUCCGUGAUCCAGCACUGCUUCCGCCGGAAUCCCCCCCAGUUACUUCGCCCGAGGGUAAUACCAAUGGUAACAGCACGAGCAGCCGUAUCACAUCACUCACCUUCUCCAUAUACCUGAUCACACUCCGCCGCAUCGACUCGCGCAUUCAACAUAAGAUCUACCGCGCUGACAGGCCGCUUCAUUUACUCCGCUCCAAAAUGGACCGCCUUUUUCUCGAGCUGGAAGAAUGGAAAGUAUCGGCCCUUCAACGAUUCACGGGGUCAGACCUUGACUACCCCAUGCUCCACUACAACCGUGCCCUACGGCUCCUCAUCCAACCUUUCCUCCCUUCACUUCCUCUCACCGAUCCCUACUAUCACAUAUGCCUGCGCGCAGCAGGCGAUAUCUGCCAGACACACAAACGGCUUCACCAAACUUUGGAGUAUGGCCACUCCUUCCUCGCUGUUCAAACAGUCUUCAUUUCCGGGAUAACCCUUCUCUACGCGCUCUGGACACAUAGCGACCAGGUCUGGUCCGUCCGGAUGAGCAAUGACAUCCGCGCUUGCUCCACCGUUCUCUUCGUCAUGGGCGAGCGCGCCGUUUGGGUGAAGAAAUACCGCGACGCCUUUGAACUUCUCGUCAACGCCGCCAUGGAGAAACUUCAAGGCAACGAGGCCGCGAAAAAAGCGGGAAUGGCCGAGUUAAUGACAGCCCAGCAUGCUGGACUCGGAGUUGGACCGGGUGCUGGAUACGGUCUCGGCAUCAGUUCGCAUGCCAGCGCAGGCCAGAACCCUAAUCCCGCGAUAGCUACCGCGUCGGGAUACCCUGGUACAGCGCACACACAUCACACAGUCGUCACACCCGACUCGAAUCCGAACCAGGGUCUUUUCGACCCGGCAAGUCAGGACCACGGCGUGCGGAUGGCGCUACAGCUUGCGCCGUGGAUUGAUCUUGAGGACGGACAUGGGCCGUUCUGGGUUCCUGAUUUCGAGACCCUAGAGAAUUUUUCGGGGAACCUGUGGAGUGCUGGGGACCCAACGGCAUUCAACCCGCUGUAG